AUGGCCGAGUCCACGGCAUCUGGAGAAAGGAUGUCCGAGCCUGCCAUGGCUCAAUCGAUUGCGCGCGCGCUAGAGCAUCUGCGCCCGUUUCCUCCGAUCGACCCAGCCCAUCGCGGGUCCCUAUCCGAAUACAAACUAUCCGAAAUAUCGCUUUCCUACAAUGGUGGCAAAGACUGCCUCGUUCUGCUUAUCCUCUUCCUGGCCGGUCUGCACCCGUACUCUGCGCAUCAGCAUGAAGACCACAAGACAAUCACCGAGACAAGCACAGGCCCCGCAACAGAAGAAAUGAUUCCCUCCAUCUACGCUCUCCCGCCGGACCCGUUCCCCUCCGUUGAAGAAUUUGUCGUCUCCUCCGCCCAAGCGUAUCAUCUCUCCAUCACUAAAUACACAACAAAUCCUCCAAACACUACAAUCCGCACCGUCUUCGAAGAUUAUCUCCACCGACACCCGGGUAUCAAAGCGAUAUUCGUGGGAACGCGACGGACGGACCCGCAUGGAGCGAAGCUGACGCAUUUCGACCGGACAGAUCACGGGUGGCCUAAUUUCAUGCGCAUUCACCCGGUGAUCGAUUGGCACUAUGCGGAGAUCUGGGCGUUUAUCCGCCAUUUGGAUCUUGAAUACUGCGAUCUUUAUCGACAGGGGUAUACCAGUCUUGGAGGAACUUCAGAUACCAAGCCGAAUCCGAAAUUAAGGAAGCAGGGCGGACAUGACACGGAAUAUUUGCCAGCUUAUGAGCUGACGGAGGACAUCGAGGAGCGACUUGGUCGGCAUUGA